AUGGGCGAGUCGAGGCAAGAACUCGUGCAAUGGCUCAACAGCCUCCUCCAGCUGAACAUCACAAAGGUUGAGCAAUGCGGCACGGGUGCCGCCCUUUGCCAGGUGUUUGACAGCAUAUACAUGGACGUGCCCAUGUCCAAGGUCAAGUUCAACGCAAACGGCGAGUGGUCGUACGUGCAAAAUUUCAAGGUUCUCCAGAACAUCUUCACCAAGCAUCAGAUCGAAAAGCCGAUUCCGGUCGAGGCCCUCAUCAAGUGCAAGAUGCAGGACAAUCUCGAGUUUCUCCAGUGGACCAAGAAGUUCUGGGACCUCAACUUCCCCGACCACGACUACGACGCCGUCGCCCGCAGAAAGGGGGGCGCCCUCCCGAGCAACACCAAGGCCCCCAUCGCCGUCGGCGGUGCCCGUAGGGUAGGCACGACGCCGUCGGGGGCCGCCCCGCGCGUCGCCAAAGCCGCCGGUCCCGGCACGGCGGCGCUGCAGCAGGAAAACGCGACGCUCAAGGACACGGUGGGCGGCCUCGAGCGCGAACGGGACUUUUACUUCAGCAAGCUCCGAGACAUAGAGCUCCUCGUGCAGCAGGCCGUCGACGAGGAUCCGGAGCUCGAGAAGCAGGAGGAUGGCCUCGUCAAGUCGAUCCAGACGAUCCUCUACUCGACCGAGGAAGGUUUCGAGAUUCCCGAGGAGGGCGAGGCCGUCGACGACCAGGAGACGUUCUGA